AUGUAUUUCUCCAACAUCGUUAUCGGUGCUCUCGCAGCCCAGGCCCUGUCGGGUGACAGAAGGCCAACUCCAGCACUAGCUGGAAAGUUCGCGGCCUUGAUGGCUUCUGCAGCUCUACCAGUCUCUGGUGUCCCAGUGAUUGGCCUCAUCGAACCUCGAUCGCCCGAGAUCUUGGUGCUAGGUGGUGGUGGUCAGCAGAACCAGCAACAGGGUGGCAACGAUGACGCUCAAGACGAUGAUCAAGACGAACAAGACGACCAGAACGAGCAAGAUGACGAGAACGCACAAGAUAACCAGGACGGCCAGGACGGACAAAAUGGCGGUGGCAGACAAGGUCGAGGUGGUAGAAACGGCAACAAUAACAACAACGGCAAUGGUCAAGACAACGGCAACGGUCAGGGUAACGGCAAUGGAGGCAACCAAAACAACGGAGGAAACCAGGGCGAUCAAGCUACUGCCACUGAGUCCCUUGCUACCGGUGUUGACACAGCCACUGGCACCGCCACCGACGUUGCCACUGAUGUCGGUGCCAUCCAGAGCCGCAUCGCCAAUGAGACCGUCGUCACCCGAUCUCUUGGUCCCGGCCAGCUUCUCCCCCCGGGCCAGACUGAUGCUGUCAACACUCCUGGCCAGGAGACUCCUGCAGCUACCCCUACAGGUGCUGCCGGCGAGACACCUGCUGCCGGCGAUACUGCUGCCGUUACUGAAGCCCCUGCUGCUACCAACACUGCUGCUGCCGAAGCUACGGUCACUGUCACCGCUACGGUCACUGUUGACAACGGUAAUGGCAAUGGUAACGGCAACGGUAAUGGACGGGGACGAAACAGGGGCGGUAACAAUGGCAACAACGGCAAUGGCAACAAUGGCAACGCUGGCCAGAACAACGGCAAUGAUGCUGCCAAUGGGGGUAAUGCUCAGAACGGAGACAAUGCCCAGAACGGAGGUAACGGAAACAACAACGGUAACGCCAACGACGGCGCUGCUAACAAUGGUGGUGCUGCCAAUGGAAACAAGGGCAACGCUGGUAACAACGAUGGCGCCGCUGCAGGAGGCGACGCCGCUCAAGGUGACAAUGCUGCUGGCGCCGCUGGUGCCGGAGGUCUUCUGGGCAGCAUCCUUGAGCGCCUGACAGGAGGAGCAGGAGCUGGUGCAGCUGCCGGUGCCGGUAACAACUAG